AUGACUGUGAUCUGCGUCCUCAUCUGGACUCUCCUCUGCUGCUGCUUCACAGGUAAAGUCCAACUCCUCUCCUCCAUGAACAUCCGUGCGUCUGAAAUGAAGCCCACAAAACCAUGACGCUGCUUUCUGUGUUUGUCUCUCAGAGUCCAAAAUUCAGGUCACAGUGACUCAGCCUGCAGCAGUGAGCUCUGCCCUGGGAACCUCUGUCACCAUCUCAUGUGGGACCAAUCACAAUGCUUAUAGCAAUAACCAGCUGCACUGGUACCAACAGAAGAAUGGAGAAACUCCUAAACUGCUCAUUAAGUAUACUAAUCAGCUGUUAUCAGGGAUAUCAAGUCGUUUUUCAGGCAGUGGAUCUGGAUCUAGUUUCACUCUGACCAUCAGUGGAGUCCAGACUGAAGAUGCAGCAAUUUACUACUGUAAAGGAGAAUUUGAUUCUUCAAAGUAUGAGUGGUUCACACAGUGA